AUGGCUGAUUGCGAUGCCCGUUGCGAUGACAAAUAUAGCAGUCUCCUAACUCAAUUAUAUGUUUCUUUAGGUAUAGGUGGAUCCUCAAUCAUUCUAUUCGAAUCUAUAAGAAGAUUGAAAAGGCGAAAUUUACCAUCAUAUCCGCAGACAAACGAGUUUAGAAAAGAGCGAUAUAUUUUUGGAUAUCUCUAUUACUUUAGAUGCUUCGUAGAUCCAGCUUCAGAUCGACAUCCAGGAUGGCCUUUACAGUGGAUUUGGCAGGUUUUGAAAUUGAAGCAAUCACAAAUAACUGAUAUGCUCGGUGGUGAUGCCUCUGUAUACCUCCAUUGGUUGAAAGUUUGUCUUUGUUUUACUUUAUCGCAGACUAUCACAGUAGUACCAAUAUUACUACCUAUUCACUUUCACUUCACAUCAACACCAACAGAUAGCAGUAUGAACACUGCUUCACUUACACAUUUGAUUGAUAAUUCAGAUGGUCGGGAGUUAUUAUACGUACAUGUUAUACUCCACAUAUGGACAUCAAUCACUUGGAUUAUCGCUCUAUUGUGGUAUAUUAAUGGUGCUAUUAAAAUAAGGGAAAGAAUGGCAUAUAAAAGUUCAGAAUUUUCGACUAGUCCUGUUGACAAUUCCUGGAAAUCCCGCACAGUCUUAGUUACAAAUAUACCUAAUAGUCUACGCGAUGAGCGUGUCCUCGCUUCUUAUUUUGCGUUUUAUCUCAAUAGAUUCAAAAAGAAGAAGACCACUAAUCUAUCAAGACGAUCGUCGAUUUUGUCCUUUAAUAGUCUCCUUGAACGCGUUGACCAGGGCAGUAUUCCUGAUAUUAACAAUACAGAUAACUUAGAAGAACUUACUGAGAAUUACAUUGAAGAUGUAUCAAUUAUUAGAAAAUUUGAACGCUUAGUGCAGCUACGAAAACGACUAGAUGAUGCAACUAAAAGACUUGAACUUGCUUAUCUGAAAUUAUCAAGAAAUUUGUUGAAAUUCGUCAGAAAACACAUAGAAGAAUGUCUUAGAAAGGAUGAAGAAUUUGAUAAAGAUGACAUAUUAAUUAAUAGUCUAAUGCCAUUUGUUUACGAAUUCGAAAAACAACCGACGAAAUUGUCGUUUGGAUUGAGUUCAACAAUUAAUAAACUUCUCCGUCGUAAUGAUGCUUUCAUUCGUUGUCCUGAUACACCAGCAUCAAUGCAGGACAAUAAAACAAUCUGGGAAGUUAUCUUUUCGCUUCCUGUUUCAGUUAUUGAACCUUUCCAACCAAAGAUUAGAGUAAAGCCAAUCUUAAAGACUAUAAUGACCAAGAGUGAUAAUCCAACAGUUUCGGAAAUACAUUACUUGACUAAUAAAGUUAGGUUACUCGUGGCUUCAAUUGAGGAAUAUCAAAUGAAUUCACCAACUAUAUUCCCACCUACUUCUACUGCGUUUGUUACGUUCAAGAAGGUUUCUGAUGCUAGAGUUACAUGCAAGAAAUUGUCAAGUCAUCCAGCACGUCCAAACGCCUGUAUAGUCAAACCUGCACCUUAUUUCAGUGAAAUUGAUUGGGAGGUUGCCAUAACAUCAAAGUCGGCAACUACUACAGUUAGAGGAAUGAUAAUUAAGGUAGCUAUAUGGGGUUUUAUUUUGUUUUACAUCAUUCCUAUGGCUGCACUUAGUUCUCUCUUUAGUAUUGAAAGGUUGAGAGACGUUAAUGCAGAUCUUGGUGCGUAUUUCGAUAGACAUGAACAUCAAGCUGAAAUAUUUACCACUUUGGUACCUACAUUGCUCGUAGCUUUCAUUUCACUUAUGAUGCCAGCCAUAUUGUUUGGUAUAGGGAAGAAAGCUCAACCUCAUUUGACUAUUCAUAGAUUACAUGAUCAGAUAUUUCACAGGUAUUGGGUUUUUAUGAUAACGAACGUCUUAAUUACAUUUUGCAUAGGUGCUGCUACUUUUAGAUUUAUUCUUGAGUCAUUCACAUCGGCUUCUGGGUUGUCUAUACUUAAUAGAAUUUACCUGAGUUUUCCCCAAGCAGCACCAUUUUUUGCAAGUUGGGCAAUCCUUCAGACUUCAAUUCAAAAUUUUGUUCAAUUGGCCUUGAUUGGUUUACCAUUGCUGAUGUUCUUAUUUAAGACACUCUCUGCUAAGACGCCAAGAGCAAGAAAGGAAGCAACUAGAGCGAGAACACCUGAUUAUCAUGUAUUUUGCUCUAACACGUUACUGGUUAUUAGCGUAUUGCUAGUCAUGGGUGUUUUUAAUCCGCUCGUUAUUCCAUUCACUUUUAUUUAUUUCAUUGCUGCAAAUAUCGUCUAUAGAAAUCAAUUAUAUCACGUUUAUUCAAGGCGCUUGUACGAUACUGGUGGUAAAUGGGUAACUGUCCGUGUUUUUAGGUAUGGAAUGGAUGCCAUGGCAGUAUCUCAAGUCGCUUUCUUCGCUUUCCAUCUUGUUAGGUAUUACGAUGGACGUAAAAAUCAUUCAGGAACUUAUACCAUUAUAAUUGGUGUAUUCUUUAUUAUCUGUUUGAUUUUAAAGUUGUUAAUUACUCGUCAGAUCAAGGCACGUUUUGAUGCUAUUGAGUUCCUCGAUGGAUUGUGGAAAUCUGGUGAAACGUUGAAUUAUACGGAAAUAUAUUCUUCGCCAACUCUUGAAUUGAGAUUUGCGGAGUACAUUGAAGAGAAGUACCAUUCGCAACCACUAACGAAAAAUUUCGUCAAGCACAAAGAAACUCUUGGAUUUAGAAUUAGGGACUUUCUCCUCAUUACUCAUUUUACGUUUAGGAGUUUCCUCAGUGAUUUUAAGAAGGAAGUGAGAGAGACUUUUGUUAGAAUUCGAAGAACAUUCUUUCCCUUCUUACCAAGUUCGAAGAGGAUACCUCGUGAAAUUUUCGCGCGGAAAUCUACAGCGGAUGAUGAGCAGGUACUUAAACAUGAGCAUGAGCGGGAGCAAGAGGAGGAACGAGAAGAAGAACAAGAAGUGGAACAUGAUGAAUGGGAAGAUGUUAUCGAUGCUGCUACCGAAGAGGAAGGAUCUAAUGAGCCCCUCACUAUGACUAAUACAAUUUCUAUGGAGAACCUCAAACACGUUAAUGCCUUGAAAUCCUCCCGUGGACAAAGAGGUUCAUUUAUGAAGAAGUUGAAUGAUCAGUCACAUGAGUUGUUCAAACCAUUUUUGCAUAUCGGUCAGAUAUUUAGUAGUGCCAAUAAUCGUAUACAAAAGGUUGGUUUGCAUCGUGAAGAGCAAGGUGAAAUAGAGGAUUUGAUGGUUUGUAAACAUAUGCCUGAAAAACCAUCGAGUGAUGCGCCAGAUGAGAGUUUGAGCUACAAUUGUCCAUUUUAUUACGACCUCCUCGAACCAUAUUUGCUACUGCCCCGUGAUCCUACUUCUGCGAUAGAUUUGGAUGAUCUGGUUGAAAUUCAUUAUGGAAAAUCUUUGCAAAACGGCACCGAAAUUACUGAUAAUGAUACUCCUGAGGAUGAACUCACAUCUGUUAGUGGUACCAUACCAGAAACGCAGGAAGAGCACGACGCAGAACACAGUGACGAGCUUUCUUCUCCAUCAGGAUCUAGCGAUUUUGAGCACAUUCGUUUGUCUACUGUCAACUUGACCCAACUUAACAGAAAUCAAACAUUCAGACAAACACUCAGUCCUAGAUCACCCAACAACAUCGACGAUUUUAGUUAAUAGAAUCUAAUUUAUUUAGCGUAUACCCUUCUGGAAUUGCAUAGUAGAUAUUGUCAUAAAUUAGUAUAUUAUAUACAUGCAAGGUGUGUAUU